AUGCUUCCCAGAACAUCUCAGAAGCUAUGUGAAAAUGAUGAUAUUUCUGUCUUGACCAAGAAAGAAAUAAUUUUCCACUCGUUUCCUGCAAAGUGGCAGGAUACUUUCCAUCAACAAAAAGGAACAAUUGAAGAUCCCAACAUCACCUUGCAAAUGGUCAAAACUUAUAUGCAAGCUACCAAGAUCUUGUCCGACAAUGUCCAAAUCUCAAAGCAGCAUGCUCAUGAAAAGCCUCAACGCACUGGUGGCUCCAUACAGCAUUCUUGCCAAGGACGUGGACGUGGACGUGGAUGCAGAAGUUACGGUAAUCGUCGAACCACUUCCAAUCCACCCUAUCCAAGCUAUCAAAUCAAGGAACUCAGAAUCAAGGAUAUCGCUAUCCUCCAAGAUCUCAAGGCAACUAUCAAGGACAAUCUUUGGGAGCCAGUUCUCGAACCGAAGGACGCUUUGGGCAAUGCAACCAUCAAGCCAAUCUGCCUCCAAACAACCGACCUCCAGGGAAUUUUCAAAACUGAAACCCUCAAAACCAUCAUUAUGCUGAAUCACAUUACAAUCAAGACAGAAGUCAAGCCAAAGGCUCAGUUCCUGCUGGAACGUAUUACAACAAUCAGGAAGCGGAAUGCUUUGUUCCGGUUGGAACUGCCCCAAAGUGGGCUAAGGCGGAAUGCCUUCUGCCAAAGAGCAGCAUGA